GAAAGAGAGAAAGAGAGAGAGAGCGAGAGAGAGAGAGGGCACACAGAAGCACAAACCAAAAUAUCUAGAUUAAAGUGUGACAGUGGUGGGGAAGAGGGUUUGAUGGAGACCCAGAUAUGAAUUGUUGAAAAUUGUCCCUGUUAUUGUAUUGUAUUUAAAGCUCUGUGUUGUGAGGGAGCAGAGGGAGAGAGUAUGGGUGAAGGAAUCAUGUCUUUUGCCAUGCUGAGAUCGAUGCCCAGCCGCUGCCUCUACCCAGAGAUCGGCAUGCUGUCAGAAGGAGAUGAGGAGGUGGACAGCGAUAGCUCGGGCUCAGAGACAUCUUUCAGCUUGGGACCAUACGGUGGAGGAGGAGGAGGAAAGAGGAAGAGGAAAGCCAGGGUCCCGGGAGUCAUUAGGCAGAGGCAAGCGGCGAAUGCCAGAGAGAGAGACAGGACCAACAGUGUCAACAUGGCGUUCACUGCCCUCCGGACCCUGAUCCCCACCGAGCCCGCCGACAGGAAGCUGUCGAAGAUCGAGACCCUGCGACUGGCGUCCAGUUACAUCGCACACCUGGGCAACGUGCUGCUGCUGGGGGAAGCCGGCGACGGACAACCCUGUCACACCAGCACCUCCACCUACUACCCUGGCACCAGGGUGACCGAGACGGAGAGCAGCCAGCCCAAGCAGAUCUGCACCUUCUGCCUGAGCAACCAAAGGAGGAUGAACAAAGACCGAGACAGAAAGAACACCAUUCGAAGUUAACAAAGACACGUGCAACGUGACCACUACGUUGCAAGCUCACAGCAGACUCAGAAGGGAAGACCAAUCAACCGUGCACCCACAGUAUGGAAGAAGACAACUCGAAACAUCGGCAGCACAAUGAAAGCUGAACAGAACUAUGGGCCGUGCUAGACUCUAAUCACACUUUUAUCACGGGAAGGUACUGCAAAGGGGCUGCGAUAGACGAGGUCCGGAUCUGCUCCUUGACCAAGAAAAGGUGCCGGUACACAGUGAUACGACCACACUGUUGAACUGUUAUUUCUUCAAAUAUAAAUACUGUUGAGUUGCUGCUGAAGGCAGGCACCAGGGAGAAAAUCCAAAAACAAGUGACAAAACUACAAAAGGUGGCUUUAUGCAUCGAAACUGGAACACUCAAUACACGAUUAACUUUGCGAUCAUACGUUGUUGGUUUGUGAUGUAAUAAAUGUAAUAUAAAAAUUCAAUUUUGUACAUAAAAUAAAAACAAAAACUCAAGAUGUCACGGCUGAUUUCCUGCCACGGGUGUAGUUGUAGCUGUGGUUGAGCACCACCGAAAACAAAUGGGAGCUCCACGCCAAUAAAUCAGGACAGGCACCAUCAUAAAAAUAAUCGCACAACGCUGAAUUGUCAGAGAGAUUUCUGGAGAGCGAAGCUUCUGCUGCCUGCCUCCCAGUCUGGCCUGGCCAUCGCUCUGGGUAACGUGCCGAGUGCGAUGGCAGUCCCGGACACAUAAUCUGGAGACGAGAGUUCAAAUUCUACCGCAGCAGCUGGACAAUUUAAAUUCACUUCAUUAAAUAAAUCUGGAAAAUAAAAGCGAGAAGCAGUAACGGCGACCAGAAAUUAUUAAAAUGUCGUAAAAAUCCCAUCUGGUUGACUGACAGAUUGAGACCAACCAUUCUCACUAGUCUGCAUUGGUGACUAUUAGCCGCCAUUUGAAAUGGCCUAACAAGCCUCUCCGCUAUCACCACCACUGCUGAGAAUAGACACUGACAAGACAACAACUCUUACCGUGCCAACAAUGCCCCCUGACACAAGUGCAUAUAAAAAUAGUCAUGAAUUGCUGCUUACUCUAGAAGCUCCAGUUUGAUAGGAAGGGCGUAGAGGGAUAUGGGACAUGAGAUUAUGAGUUUAGUUAGGGGGUAGUUAGUUAGUUUAGGAGGGUAAGGGUGUGUCCAGUGGAGGUGGGGUGCAGGAGCUUUGUAGCCAGUUCCACCGCAAGGCUCCUGAGGGAAGUUGGAGUCAAAGGGCAGGCACAAAGGAGGGCAAUAAAAGAACUUGCCAAUGCCGCCGGACGGAGCAGU